UAAUUUUCAAAACAUGCUCUCGAGUCUCGACGUAUCGCGUUUAUUAGUGUCCGCGUUGACUUACAAUUUUCGUGAUUCGAAGGAAAAUAAUGUAGUUCAUUAAUAUAUAAAUUUUUUUUUGUGAAUGAUAUCAAGUAUUAGAAACAUCCGUUAUCGGAUGGCACUCUGUACACCGUAAGGCUGCGAGUCGUAUCGAUUUUCUUAACUUCCACAAUCGAUCAUGAUCCCCUCAGUGUGACUGGCUGCGAUUCGCUGCCUCCUUGGGAAGAGGGAAGAUCUGUGAGUGUGCGCCCAUGCUGAUACCACGGCCUCGCCAACGCAGACUGUGUUAAAAGCACUGUGGACCAUCAGCAUGACGCAGGACACACUGCCCACCCUCCAGCACGUCCCCAUGUUUUCCCCACAGCCCAUUUCCAACGAAGGCAAGUGCCGACUAAACGCCGCCCUUGACCACAUGGAUCCCGAGCAGUCCGCUUCCCGGGAACCUUCCUACCUCGAGGAUACCGCGCAGCUACCCUCCGCUGAUCUCCACAUCUCUACGCCAUUAUUCCCCGUAGUGUGUGAACGGAUUCGAGACUACUGGUUCUCCCUGCGCCCCUGGUCCUUCACGGCGUCCCUCCUCCCCGCGUCACUGGGGAUCGCCCUGGCUUACACCGUCCACCACGCCUUCUCCCUUCCUAUCACUAUUCUGACGCUGUUCACGGUUAUGAUGGUGCACGCCGCCGGGAACAUCAUCGACACGUAUUUCGAUUACGCCAACGGCGUGGACAGGCUGCGAAGCGACGAUCGUACUCUAGUCGAGGGAAUUUUAACCCCAACGGAGGUGCUUCACCUCGCCACCGGCUUGUACUCCAUAGCCACCGUUAUCUUCUUUCUUGUGGCGCGGCUCUCACCCGCACCAUUAUAUUUACUAACCCUAAUUUAUUUCGGAGGAUUUUUCGCAUCAUAUCUAUAUACCGGCGGCGCCGGAUUGAAAUACAUCGCUUGUGGAGAUUUACUGGUAUUUUGCGCUUUCGGCCCGGUUACGACACUAUUCGCAUACGUCGCCGCCUGCGGACGCUUCUCUACGGCGCCCUGCUGGUAUUCCGUUCCGUUGGGGUUGUUGAUCGUAGCUGUUUUGCAUGCCAAUAAUGUACGGGAUCGGGAGACGGAUGCGGCGGGGAAAAUCCAGACGGUGGCACUGUUAUUAGGCGACACCGGGUCGUUGGUGCUUUAUGUGGCCCUGCUGUACAUGCCUUUCGUCAUCGUGGGUGUGCUGGCUCUGACUAAGUGUGGCUGGUUUUUUCUGCCCCUUUUGACCAUUCCCGGGGCGAAGUUGCUGGUGUCAAUGAUGCGGGCGUCGUUGGAACGGCGCAACCACAGUGCAGCACUGCUGCCGCAACAGACAGCUUUUCUGACCGGUAGUUUUGGUGUUUUGUAUGUUUUGAGUUUUUUACUGCAAACUUGGCGUGUGUGAUUGCGAGUGAUACUGAACAUUGAGUGAUUUGGGUGGAAAUAAAUAUUCGU